UAAAUCAAUAUUGCUGUAAACAUUCUUUUACAUAUCUCUUGUUCACAAGGGAAAGACUUACUCCAUGGUAUACAAAUAUGAGUAAAAUAGGUGGGUCCUAAGGUAAUUGUGUCUUCAAUUUUAAGCUUUCCAUGGAAUUUGAAAAGAAAAUUUGUGUGCGCAAAAUAUUCUAUAAGUGAGACAAAUUUACCAUUUAAAACUUUGUAAGAUUAUGUUUAGGUACAUACGUUAAAUGCGGUGUCAUUUCAGCCAGUUUAAUCUCCUCUGGUUCUGAUUUCAAUAGGCACCAUUAAAUGGAUAAAUGGAGACUGAAAACCAUACAACAGUGACAGAGUUCAUUAUUCUGGGACUAACAGAUAAUCCCACACUGCGUGCCAUCUUCUUUGUGAUUUUUCUAGGAGUUUAUAUAGUUACCAUAGUGGGAAAUAUUAGCAUAAUCAUUUUAAUCCGAAGCAGCCCACAACUUCACACCCCAAUGUACCUUUUUCUCAGCCAUUUGGCCUUUGUGGACAUUGGGUAUUCCACAUCAGUCACGCCAAUCAUGCUUAUGAGUUUCUUAAGAGAAAGAACUACUAUCCCUGUCGCUGGCUGUAUAGCCCAGCUUGGCUCUGAUGUCACUUUUGGGACUACAGAGUGCUUCCUGCUGGCCACCAUGGCCUAUGAUCGCUAUGUGGCCAUCUGCUCUCCCCUGCUCUACUCCACACAGAUGUCCCCCGUGGUCUGCUUCCUCCUACUGGGGGCCUCCUACCUGGGUGGAUGCAUGAAUGCUUCAUCUUUUACAGGCUGUUUGAUGAAUCUAUCCUUCUGCGGACCAAAUAAAAUCAACCAUUUUUUCUGUGACCUCUUCCCACUUUUGAAGCUUUCUUGUGGUCAUGUUUAUAUUGCUGAAAUCUCUCCUGCCAUCUCCUCUGCCUCAGUCCUUAUAAGCACGCUGUUCACCAUAAUUGUGUCCUACAGCUACAUCCUGCACUCAAUCCUGAAUAUGCGAUCAACUGAGGGGAGGAAGAAGGCUUUCUCUACCUGCACGUCCCACCUCACAGCAGUCACUUUGUUUUACGGGACAGUUUUGUUUGUUUAUGUGAUGCCCAAAUCGAGCUAUUCAGCUGAUCAGGUCAAAGUGACAUCUGUGAUCUACACAGUGGUGGUCCCCAUGUUGAACCCCCUCAUCUACAGUCUGAGGAACAAGGAAGUGAAAGAAGCCAUGAGAAAACUAAUGUCUAGAACACGUUGUUUUUCCUAAAUUAAAUCAGAUAUAAAUCUGUAAAUAACCAACCAAUGAUUUUGGGAACAUUCGUGAUGGAUAUCUUAAUGAUAUUUCUCAUUAACUUUAUCACUUUUAUAGUGAAGA